AUUAGUUAUUCCCAUCUUGUCAGAUCAACCCAGCCCUGGAUCCUUCUCAUUUCAGUUCGUUUUCCUCUUUUAUCUUCCUCCUCAUAGAAAAACAGCACCACUCUCUGGAUCAUUACCAUCAGGAAGAUCUUUGGAUUUAUAAGCAAAAGAAGAAUAGAGAUCAAGAAACAAAAACAAAACAAGGCUUGUACUGUCAUCCCUACACUUUCGUCUGUUCAUUCGCUUACACUUUCGCCCUAUUACGGACCAUGGAUUCAAUUCCUGCAACUACAGUCGUUCCCUCUUCCUCCUCAACCGCUCGUGCGACGACGGCGGCUCUUGCUAAUGAGUCUGGUUCUGGCUCUGGCUCUGCUUCUACAGGAGCACCGCAGAGGAAUCAUAACCGCAGAGGCAAUCGUUCUAGCAACCAACAUCCCGAAUCGUCUGGUCGUAAGGAUGCAUCUGUCAAGGAUCACAAGGGACCCAACAGUCAUCGCCACGAUCAUCGCAAAAGAGAGAAGGAAAAAGAAAGGGAUAAACAAGCUGAGAACAAGGCUGAGUCAGCUCCCAAUCCUCGAGCGCCGCGGACUAUUGCCGCAACUGACCCUAUUGAUCUCCACCCAGAAAAGAAAACUACAGCAACAGCCACUGCUACAGGCGAAGCUAAUAUCAAUGCUGCUGCCGAUGUGACAGCAGAAGGAGACAUAGAGCAGCACUCUUGCUUUAUUUGCACUGAAAGUAUCGUCAUUUUCGCAGUUUCGGACUGUAACCAUCGUACAUGUCAUCUUUGCUCCUUACGUUUGCGUGCGCUUUACAAAACAAAGAAUUGUGCAUACUGCAAGGCGGAGCAAAACAUCAUGGUUUUUACCCGGGAUGCAGAAAAACCAUUCGAGGAGUACGACUUCAAAGCUAUGGCAUUCUUUGACCGCAAGCUCAACAUUUACUUUGAAGACCAGGAAAUGUACGAGGAUACCAUGGUGUUGCUGCGGUUUAAUUGUCCAGAUCCCACCUGCGAAGUAGCCUGUCCAGAUGGUUGGAAUCAGCUCAAGUCACAUGUAAAGAAGGUUCACAAGUUGAUGCUUUGUGACCUUUGUGUUCGUCACAAAAAAGUUUUUGCGCAUGAACAUAACCUCAUGACGGCUUCCCAGCUGAUGCGACACUUCAGGAGCGGUGACUCUGGGCAAACAAACCAAAACUCGUCGGAACCUUCAGGUUUCAAAGGUCAUCCUGAAUGUGGUUUCUGUAAAGAGAGCUUCUAUGGUGAUGACGAACUAUUUGAGCACUGCAAAAAAAAUCAUGAGCAAUGCUUCCUAUGUAUUCGACGAAAUAUUCGCCAUCAAUAUUAUAACAAGUACCCGGAUCUUGAGCGCCAUUUUUACGCUGAACAUUAUGCUUGCAUGGAUCCAGAAUGUUUGGAGAAAAAAUUUGUUGUAUUUGACUCGGACUUGGACUUGAAAGCCCAUGAGGCCGAAAUGCAUCCUAAUUCAACUCAUGGUCAGCGAAACAAGCUGCGUGAUGCUCGCAAGAUUGAUAUCAGUUUUGGCUAUCAACCAACGGGUGAGAGCUCGGGCUCGAGGCGCGGUGGCCGCGGCAACCGUCAGAGCGAACGUGAUGGGCAAGGUCGCCGAGAUCAAGAGGAGGACUCACCCCGCCAGCCUCAGCUUACGCCUCAUCAAAUUCAACAGAUCGCACUUCAAAAACAACUUGCUGAGGAGCAAGAGAAGCGUCUCAAGGAAGAAACUGAAGCUGCUUCUGCUGCUGCACAGGAAGGUCUUUCAGAAAUGUCAUUGGAGUCUUCAUCAUCCCCAACAGGAUCAAAAACUAUGCUUCGGACACGUCCUCCUGCUGGUUUCGGUUCUUCAUUGAGUGAGCCUGUUCCAGUGCGUGCUCAGAGCCCUGCCAUGUCGGCGGCUGCCCGCGUAGCCGCCAAUAUCCAGCGAACCAAUAGUCCAUUGAGAGCAUCCAGUCCUGUCGUUGUCACUCAAUCUGCAGCUGAUUGGCCUGCUGUGUCGGCAGCAUCGACUACCACUACCCCCUCCUCAUCAAACUCAGCAGCUCAACCUAAGCCAGCUUCGAGCAGCAGUACAUCUAAGGGCGUUGCUCCUGAUACGCUCAACAAACAUGCGGCAUUACAGGAUCGGGUACAGCAAUAUUUACAGGGUACUUCAGGCACAUUGUCUCAAUUUAGGACUUUAACGACUCAGUUCCGCAAUUCCCAAAUUCCCGCAAAUCAGUAUGUUGCCUCAUUAUCAUCUUUAUUUGGAUCUGAUCUGGAAAAGACAGGCAAGAUCAUCCAAGGAUUGUAUGAAAUCUUAGACUCAGAAAGCAAGAAAUCAGAGAUGAUGCGAGCCUGGAAUGAUUUCAAAGCAGUUCAGAAUCAAUUUCCUUCACUAGAGUCCGCUGUGACAUCUAACCCUACGAUGGCGGACAUUGCGACGCCAUCUAUGCGUCGUGUUCUUGUGAUCAAAUCUUCUGGAACGACACGUGGAGGGUCGGGGCAUACAAAACCAAAAUCAACAGCCACUUGGGAUCGUGCGGCAGCAGCGGCUUCAUCGUUGAAUAGAAAUAAUUCUCCUUCAGGCUCAAAAUCUGCUACACCCGUCUUUUAUCCCACGCCGCAAUUGAACCCGACACUAGCAUGGUCUGUCCCACGAUCAGCCGACAGCACUCCUGAACAAUCAGUUUCGGUGGCUAGUAACGGCCGGAGCGGUCAGACUCCCGGAUCUUGGGCAGGCAUCCCACAGUCCUCCGCUUCAAACACAUCAACCCCUCAGUUUCGGCCGUCUACGGCCAGCUAUGGCCGACCUACGACGUCGACUUCAACAGAACAUUUCCCUUCUUUGGCCAGUCAGGCACCUACAGGAAGCCGGCCUUCCCUGGGACUAAUGCCAGUGCAAAAGAACAAGAAUCAAAGUAACAAUGACGAAAUGCCCAAUGGUUGGGUCACUGGUUGGAAUAGCCUAGCAGACGCUGACGAGGAGUCAGGAGCCGGCAAGAAGAAGAAGAAUAAGAAGAAGAUUCUUUUCCAUGUCGGCUAAAAAAAAAAAAAAAAAAAAAAAAAAAAAAAAGCGAGCUUGUUUUGUCGCUUUAUUACCAUUGUUAUUAUUAUUUUUACUGUCAUUCUCGUCGAGAGCUUUGCAGAGGUGGAUGUGGGACAUACAUAAUACAUGUAUUAAUAAAGUCAACCUUGUUUACUAUUAAAAAUAAUA